AUGACUACAGAAGCAAUACCAACAGCAGUUACUGCUGUACCAGAUUGGGCUCCAGGAGAAAAUCAUGUUGUUUUGAGAGAACAAGAAUUAAAUUUUUAUGCUCCAGAAGUUUUUCAUAAUUGUCAAAUUAUCGAUAAUUAUAUCCCUUUAUUAAUUCAUGAUAUUAAUACUUCACAAGACAUCUAUCAAAUUUACGUGAAUCAUGUUGGAUGUCUUGAUUAUUUAAUAAUGGUAAACAAUUGGCCAAUUAAGAAGGUACAGGUAUUUGGUAGAAUAAUUGAAGAAACGAUAAUGUCUGAGAAAAGUUUAGUUUUGAUAAAAAUUGAUGAUUCAUCUGAUGAUAAUUCGUGUAUUACAUUGAGACUAAAGAUUGAUUUGUUUCUUCUGAUUGGCCUAAACAUGUACGAUAAUUAUGGUAAAAUAAUAUCGGUAGAAGGUAAAAUUUCAAGAAUUAAAUCUAAUGUACAAAUAUUGGUUGACGAAAUAAAGAUACUUAGACAUAGAGAUACAUUAUCAAUUGAAAUAGAUUGCUGGAGAGAAAGAUUAGAUUACCGAAAUGAGAUUUUACUGAAACCGUGGGUUUUUUCACCUCAACUGAAAGAAGUUCAGGUUGUUUAUACUCCAAAAUUUUCUCCUCGUGAAAUAAAGAGACAAGAAGAAAAGAAUAAGUUGAAAGUUGUUAAUCCUAUUGCAUUUGAAAGUCAAUUGAUAGAGGAUAGUUUAAAUAUUUACAGAGAUGUGAAUGGUCCUAAAUAUAAAAACGAAUCACCAACAAAAAUAACCAACGAAGUUUUAAUAGAGAUUCAGAUUUGCAAAUACAUCAUACAGAAUAAUUAUCCGAAGAUUAAGUUUACUCAAUUGUUGAACAAUAUAAAAGUAUCAGAGUUGUUGAAUAAUUUAACCAGCUACAAGUAUCAGACUUCUCCUAUAAAUUUACAACAGAAUGUACAAGCUUAUAAAUCAAUUAUUUUCAGGAAAAUACAAUACGAUUUACAAGAAAAUUACAAACUUAUAUCUGUUUCUGAUGAUAUGAUCAAAUCAAGCAAUUUAAAAGAAUUAGUAAAAAGAUUAAAGAAAAUUUUAAAACGAUUACCUACAGGUUCUAAGCUAUUAGUUGAGAAAUUAACUGAUUUAUUCAUUAAUAAAGGAUUAGUAGGUAAUGUUAAUGUUGAUUUAAUAAACGGUUUGAUUGAUUAUGUUAAAGAUGAGGAAAGAAAUUGGGUUUAUGAUAAAACUGCAGAGGCAUGGUCAUAUACUGGUAGUAAACGAAGAUUCAUGACUUGA